UGGCGAUUUGAUUAAAACGUGGGGACGCCAAAAUGUUGGAGGAGCCUUUCAGCGAAUACUUUCUAUGUAACUUCAAUGAUGCUGUGCAACCAGAGGAUUUGCCGGAUGAGCGUUUGCGCAAACUGUGGACCAACUCUGAAUUAUGGACAGUGGAAGAGCUUGAAGCGAUCGUCAAGUGUUGGCAAUUAUGCGAGAAGACACAGCUUAAGAACCUGGAGACGGCUACAGAGUUACUCGGCAACUUCGUACAGCUUAUCUUAGCGUUUGUACAAAAUAACUUCACCGGUCCAUUCCAAAAGCUGGCAAAAUGCACGGAAAUGCUGGCCAAUCUGAAAUUGGAAGGGCACGAGCCGUUCGAGCUACUUAAGGCCAGUGGCGAGGAACCAAAUCCAAAUGUGAAAGCAGCAGAGCUCCUAGUGAUAGCCAAAGAAAUGCUCGCAACUCUGAUAGCAAUCUAUCCCACAUCAAAGAUUCUCGCUUGGUGGCAGCUUCGACUGAUUUGUCUGCAACAGCACAUACUCGACGAUUUGGCCAGCGAACUUUACGAACAAUUCAAGCUUACGGUACCGCUUUUGCGUCCGCAUUUGGCAGCCUUUCCCAAUGUCGAGCAGCAAGGACUGUUGCUGCUGGAGUUAGCCAAUGGCUAUUUACAAUUCCAUCGCUCCGAUAUGGCUGCGAAAACCCUUGACGAGUUGUGCGCGCAUUUGCAGAUUGAACUGAAGGUAGAGGGGUUGCUGGGCGUGCGCACUAAAUUCCAACAGAAGCCGCUACCACAGCUGUGCCUCAAAGUGGACCAAGAGGCGGCGGAGCCUAAGUUACCCGCAGCUCUCAUCACUAAUGCACACACGGAGCUGCCCAAAUUGCUGCUACUCGAUGAUGACACCCGCCUUGAGCGCAUCCGCUUCAUUGAGCCAAAAGACAAUGAGGUGAUGACGCUGCCCAGCUUGCUGCAAGCACUAGUACUGGCCAAGGUUAAACAAUUGAAACGCUCUCAGCCGAAAGAUCGGCUGGCCGAUGAGGAGCUGGAGCCCUACACACAUACGCUGCUGUAUCAGACCCACGGACCACUGCAGGUGCGUCAAGCAGCGCUGCUGCUCAACUGCUUGCAGGAAUCGAACCAACGUCGCACCGUGGAACGCAGUUGGAAGCAGUGUGAGGAGUGUGUGAAACUGCUGGACAGCGAAGAACUCCAUACGGAAAGGGAACGUAUUGGCUAUGCAUUUGCCGCACAAAUCUUACCCAAGUGGCAAGUGCAGCUGCAAUUGGUGGACCUGCUACGAUCUCUGGGAAUGACAAAAACGGCACUGGACAUAUGCCUCAAAAUACAGGCCUGGCAGCAGGUUAUCGAAUGUUACACCAGCCUCGAGUUGCGUCACAAGGCCGCGGAGAUUAUACGCCAAGAGCUGGACAAGAAACCCACUUCUCUGCUCUAUUGCCUGCUGGGCGAUGCCAUCGACGACCCCACCUGCUACGAGCAGGCGUGGGAGCAUUCGCGCCGCACUAGCGGCAAAGCGCAGGCCUAUUGGGGUAACUACUAUUAUAGACGCGCCGAGUACGCAACGGCAAUGGAGCACUAUGAGCAGUCGUUGGAAAUAAAUUUGCUGCAGGAGUCUAUUCUGCUGCGCUGUGGCUACUGUGCUAUUCAAUUGGAACGAUGGGAAGCAGCUGUGCGCUCCUAUCUGGCCUACACCCAUCUAGAAGCCAAUGGCUUCGAGUCGUGGAACAAUCUGGCCAAGGCCCUGAUCAAGCUAGGCGACAAGCAGCGUGCCCAUCGCGUGCUCGGUGAAUCGCUCAAAUGUAAUUACAGCAAUUGGAAGGUGUGGGAGAACUUCAUGCUGGUCUCCGUGGACACGGCUCACUGGGAAGACGCCAUGCGCGCCUAUCAGCGUUUGGGGGAGCUUAAGCAGCACUAUUUGGAUCAGGAGGUGCUCGCACGCAUUGUUUAUGGCAUUGCCAAGCAGGUGUUUGAAAUGACGCCGCCUCAAACUUCCAGUCCUCUGCUAAAGCACGUAACUAAACUCCUGGGCCAGCAGUGCAUUCAGCAUGGCAAUGAGCCUUUGGUAUGGGAACUGGCUGCUCUAAUGGCGCUUACGCCUCUGAAAAAGGGCGAAAGACUGGUGAAGGCUUAUCGUGCGUACACGGCCAAGCAUUUAAACUGGGAAACAAAGACGGAGCACGCCAUCAAGGCCUUGAAGUUCUGUGUAGAGGUGGCCGAACUAUCGUUGGCAGCUGUGUCAGAACAUGCUGAGGAUGAAAGCGCCCUGACAAUCACCUCACAGAUCAGCUCGGCACGUUUGGCGGCCACAUCCUGUUUAAAUGCCCUCAAGCGUGCCAUCAAUGUGGACGUGCCCGAAGAACAAACCGAGCUUGUGCGUCAACUGGGGGAACUGCUUAACCAGCUAACAACGACAGUGCAGAAACGCAUGAACCCCACCUAACUUAUAAGAAACACAAUACACAUUUCAUUUAAUAUAAACUUGUGCGUCAAACCUUACUAAUUAAAUUGGUAACUGGUAAAUGUA